AUGUCUAGGGUUAAUCUUUUUAUUAGUCCCCCAACUUGGACCGGAUUUGCAUUUGAGUACCUCAAUUUCCAAAAUGAUUUUCUGAGAAAACCAGGAAAACCCUUGGGCGAAGACGCCCACUUCAUCUACCAUGAUGCCCAGACCAUUGGAGUGGCGGACGACAUCGGUAGCUGGGCCAAGAAAGGCGUCAAUGCCGGUGAGUACGCGAGGGGACUCAUGAACCACACCAAGAAACACAGCCACGGAUAUAACCCAAUCAUCCGCCGUCAUCGUGGAUCCAAGAAAGAUAGAGUCGACGCUGAAGAUGAGCUUAAGGGUGGUAAGGGGAUUGUGGGACCAAGCCAAGGGAAGAAGUUUCUUCAUAUAUUUAAGGCAGGGUGGAUUAGUAUACCUCCAAAGUCUAUUUCAAAGGGAAGGCAAGUUGCAGAAGGAGGAUAA